AUGGCGGACGGGGAGGAGAAGCGGCACCUGCUGGAGGAGCCCGGAGACAGGUCCUAUCUGAGCGUCUCCGAGAAGAACUUUCGCAAUUCCAUGCUCAAGUACGUUCCAGACGUGUCCUCCAUUGAGCUGGGCCUCCCGGGGAACCAGCAUUGUCAUUCCAACCGGGCUGCUGGCAGCCACUACGGUUCCGAAAAGCAACGGGCUCGAAGGAAACUCUACAUCGCAUCCGUGAUCUGCCUGGUCUUUAUGACCGGAGAAGUCGUAGGGGGAUACCUGGCCCACAGCCUGGCCAUCAUGACAGACGCAGCUCACCUGCUGACGGACUUCGCCAGCAUGAUGAUCAGUCUGUUUUCCCUGUGGAUGGCCUCGCGGCCGGCUACCAAAACCAUGAACUUCGGCUGGCACCGAGCAGAGAUCCUGGGGGCCCUGCUCUCGGUGCUGUCGAUCUGGGUGGUGACCGGAGUCUUGGUUUACCUGGCAGUGGAGCGUCUGCUCUCGAACAACUACGAGAUCGAAGGGGGCGCCAUGCUCAUCACCUCCGCCUGUGCUGUGGCGGUGAAUAUCAUAAUGGGAGUCACUCUUCACCAGUCGGGUCAUGGGCACAGCCACCAGGGCCAUACCCACCAUGGCCACAGCAAGCAGCGGAGCACCAGCGUCCAGGCCGCCUUUAUCCAUGUGGUCGGGGACCUGCUGCAGAGCGUUGGCGUCCUGGUAGCUGCAUACAUCAUAUAUUUCAAGCCAGAGUACAAAUAUGUAGACCCCAUCUGUACCUUCCUGUUCUCAAUCCUGGUCCUUGGAACGACGCUGACCAUCCUCCGGGAUGUCGUCCUAGUGCUGAUGGAAGGUACCCCAAAAGGGGUGGACUUUAACAACGUGAAGGAGAUCUUGCUGUCCAUCAAUGGUGUGAAAGCCCUUCACAGCCUCCACAUCUGGGCCCUGACUGUGUCGCACCCGGUGCUGUCAGUCCAUAUAGCAAUCAAUGAAAACGCUGAUGCACAGACCAUCCUGAAGGAGGCUAGUUCCCAACUGCAAGGAGCGUUCAACUUCCACACCACCACCAUCCAGAUCGAGAACUACUCGGAGGACAUGAGAGACUGCCGGGAAUGCCAGAGCCCCUCCGACUGA